AGCGUAUAGGUCAAGGACACACGAGAGCGGGUGGAGCCUCGCUCUGGUUCUUUUGUCCUGUCGUGCUGUGCUGCUGGUGUGUUUGUGUUCUCCUGCUCCUGCUGCUCAGGCUAACUGUUCUUUGCUCCAACAGAGGAGCGUUGGGAGCUGCGCCUCCGCCUGCGUCGCUAUGGACACUUUUUUCCGCAGACACUUUAGACGAAAGGAAGCUGUGCCGGUGGAUGUGGAGGCUGCACCCUGCCACCAGCGCAGGCCCAGUGUGGCCGUCCCCACCAGUAAGGCGCGCCGCAGGUCCAGUGUCGGCCUGCCGUCCUCCACGCUGACUCAGCAGCGCCGCUCCAGUGGCCACCUGCAGAGUGGCGCAGGAGGGGGCCGUCUGGCCAAGACACCCAGACCCGGCGCGCACGCUCGGAGGCGCUCCAGCACCACCACGCCCGGCCUCAACCCGCGCCUCGCUGUGUGUCGGAGGAAGGUGGGGAAGCUGCGCGCCAUCCACACCCACCUGCUGGGGCCGUCCAUGCUGCUGGCUAGUGUGAUCCAGAUGGCCGAGGAGGACGAGGACGGGGGGCUGCCGGCCGGAGAGCAGCAGGUGGAGGUGAGGGGUGGGACCGACACCACGAGGAUGCAUUCUCGCUCCAGCAGCCUCCACUCGGUCGGAGCGGAUGACAGCAGCGACUACUCCAGCCACUCAGAGUCCAGCCAGCUGUCAGCGGAGGAGGACGGCGCCACCUGGCCUCCUGACCAGAGACUCUCCUCCUCCUCCUCCUCCACUACCACCUCCACGGCCGGCCUGGAGAUGAUGAGAAAGACUCCCCGGCUUCCGUCCGCGUCGCGGCCCCUGAUCCGGGCCCCUCGGUGCCUUCGCAGGAAUUCCUCUCAGGUGUUUGCAGGUGACUCUGCUCCUUAUUGCUACCGCUACCGCGCCUCCAGCCAAAGGAAGCGGAGGAGGCUCUCCACCAUCUCCAAGGCCGGGAGCCCCUGGCCGGGGAGAGGCCCCCCCCUGUUCUGCCGCAGGAGCUCCGUCCACUACCUCAACCAUCCAGCCUUCUGCAGGGGCCCCGGGGCCCUGAGCCCACUGGGGGCCCACGACUGGCGCCUGGAGAGCUGGAACGCCUUCCUGCUAAAAGCCAUCGCAAAAUCCGGUGUGCAGGCGAGCGCGUCCUCAGCCGGACAGGAGCCCAGCAGCACCGUCGACUGGACUGACAACGCCCAGUUUGGCGACCACAUCUGGUUUGAGACCAGCGGUUCUGGAGACUUCUGUUUUGUUGGAGAGCAGUACUGCAUGGCUAAGUCUCUGCAGAAGUCGGUGGCAAGAAGGAAGUGCGCCGGCUGUAAGAUCUUGGUCCACAACACCUGCAUGGAGCAGCUGGAAAAGAUCAACUUCAGGUGCAAGCCGUCAUUUCGGGAACCAGGCUCUCGGGCCGUCAGAGAGCCCAACGUUGUGCGACACCACUGGGUCCACAGGAGACGUCAGACGGGGAAGUGCCGGCAGUGUGGGAAGGGCUUUCAGCAGAAGUUCUCAUUUCACAGCAAAGAGAUUGUGGCCAUCAGCUGCUCAUGGUGCAAACAGGCGUACCACAACAAGGUGACCUGCUUCAUGCUGCAGCAGAUCGAGGAGAGCUGCUCUCUGGGGGCUCACGCGGCUGUCAUCAUCCCCCCCACGUGGAUCGUCAGGGUCCGCCGACCGCAGUCCCUGAAGAGCAGUAAGAAGAAGAAGAGGACAUCACUGAAAUGCAACAAAUCGAGCAAAAAGGGAGGCGAGGUCCAGGAUGGCCGCUGGAAGCCCUUCCUGGUGAAGCCCCUCCCAUCUCAGCUCAUGAAGCCCCUGCUAGUGUUUGUGAACCCGAAGAGCGGAGGAAACCAGGGAGCCAAGAUCAUCCAGUCCUUCAUGUGGUACCUGAACCCACGGCAGGUGUUCGACCUGACAAAGGGGGGACCCAGAGAAGGGUUGGAGUUUUAUGCCAAGGUGCCCAACCUGAGGAUCCUGGCCUGCGGAGGAGACGGAACCGUUGGGUGGAUUCUGUCAGUUUUGGACCAGUUGACGCUUCGUCCUCCGCCUCCUGUGGCUGUGCUCCCACUGGGGACAGGUAACGACCUGGCCAGGACACUGAACUGGGGAGGGGGAUACACCGACGAACCCAUCACUAAGAUCCUGUCACACGUCGAGGAUGGCGUCAUCGUGCAGCUGGACCGCUGGAACCUGAACGUGGAGCCAAACCCAGAGGCCCAAGCAGAGGACAGGGAGGGUAAUCAGACCGACAAGCUUCCCAUUGACGUCUUUAACAACUACUUCAGUCUGGGCUUCGAUGCUCACGUCACGCUUGGCUUUCAUGAAUCUCGAGAGGCAAACCCAGAAAAGUUUAACAGUCGCUUCAGGAAUAAGAUGUUCUACGCAGGGACGGCCUUCUCAGAUUUCCUAAGUGGGAGUUCGAAGGAUCUAGCCAAACAAAUCAGGGUGGUGUGUGACGGCACAGACCUGACGGCAAAGAUCCAGGAGAUGAAGCUGCAGUGUCUGCUCUUCCUCAACAUCCCCAGGUACUGUGCAGGAACCAUCCCAUGGGGUCACCCCAGCGACCAUCAGGACUUUGAGCCUCAGCGCCACGACGACGGCUGCAUUGAGGUCAUCGGCUUCACCAUGACGUCGCUGGCCACGCUGCAGGUGGGCGGCCACGGCGAGCGGCUCCACCAGUGCAAAGACGUCACGCUCACCACCUUCAAGUCCAUCCCCAUGCAGGUGGACGGGGAGCCCUGCAAGCUAGCGCCGUCUGUGAUCCACAUCAGCCUGAGGAACCAGGCCAACAUGGUGCAGAAGGCCAAGAGGAGGAUGUCCAUGCCCCACCUCAACGAUCGGCUGCCGGUCCCUGACCCGCUGCAGAUCCCCGUCAACAGAAUCAGCAUGGCGGCGUACGACGCUCUGCACUAUGAUAUGGACCAGCUGAAGGAGGCCUCGACUCCACUCGGGGUGAUCACGGUCCCCGGAGAUAGUGACCUGGAGACGUGUCGUCUGCUCAUUGAGCGUUUGCAGGACAACUUGGACCAGGGAGAGUGUGCGUCUUCGCAGAAACUUUCCAGGAAGUGGUGUUUCCUCGACUGUACGACUGCCGACCGCUUCUACAGGAUCGACCGAGCUCAGGAGCACCUGAACAUUGUGACGGAGAUCUCUCAGGACGAGCUGUACAUCCUGGACCCGGAGCUGGUCGUCAAGGAGACGGUGGGCACCUCCCCCAGCAUGCCAGACCUGGUGGACUCGGAGGAGCACCAGGAGCAGAGACAAUUUGCCUUCCCCACUUGCUCGGCCUCACCAAGACCAUCCAGUUCUACCACUCAAGACCCUGACAAAGAAGCAGAGCUGAUCAGCUGUAUCAGAACCGAGGACCUGAACAGAUUGACGGAGCUCCACCAGCAGGGGGCCAACAUUCUGCUGCAGGACGGAUCGGGCCGCACGCUGCUGCAUCACGCUGUGCAGGUCGGCAGCAAGGAUAUCGUCCAAUUCCUCAUCAGCAACGUCCCGAUGUCUCACCUGGACCUAACGGAGAAAUCCACAGGAGAGACGGCGCUGCACAAAGCCGCGGCCGCCUGUCAGAGGAGCAUCUGUCAUUACCUGGUGGCAGCCGGGGCGUCGCUCAUGAAGACGGACCUGCAGGGUGAAACUCCCAAACAACACGCUGAGAAGGCCGAUGACCAGGAGCUGGCCCACUACCUGGAGAACCGCCAGCACUACCAGAUGAUCCAGAGGGAAGACCAGGAGACGGCGGUCUGACCUCUGACCUCCGGCUCAGCGCCUCCUUCUGUCUUUAGGCUUUAGAUUCAUUCUGUCUUUGUGUUCGACACUUAAGGCCGGGUCGAAGGAGAACCAGAAUCAGCUAAUGCUUGUUAUUGCUGUUCUCUGUAAAAACCCUUGUGGAUUCGGAUCAGGCCAGGGAAACCCGGGUGCCGGCUCUGACCCGGACCCCCACAGCUUCAGCCAGAGCAGAAACAACCUCUUUAGGCUUGUAGUGACUGAUGCAUUCGCUUGCCUGCAGUAAAACGUGUCUGUAGAUUUAACAAUGGAGUCAGUGACUCGUGAUUUACUGGUUUUACUGGUUCUGAGUUUCUCUGCUGUAAACAAACUGUUGGUGUUGAUUCACUAUUCGUGUUUUUGCAGCAGCUGCUUCAGGUUCUGUCUAAUCUGUUACUAUUCAGGUUCAGGUGUGUAUCAGAUCCAGGUACCACCCAGGAACCCGAUGCCUCUCUGGCCGUGGCUGGUACCAGAGUCCAACAUGAGGAGAGCUGCAGGAACAGUACAGCAGGCGGGUCAGGGACAAAACAGAACCUGCUGGCAGAAGGGCAGAUCAAAGCAGAACUUUGUGUUAUGAACCAGAACCUGAACCCACCUGGUGGCUGCAGGACCACGAUUUGGGCCUGAUUUAUCACUGAUGGUUCUGUGUUUUGCACAAACAUCAUUGGUUAACCGAUGGAACAAAACGAACGACCAAGUUCUGUGUGCGUCUCUGUCGGUUCUUUCUGUUUAUUCUACCUCUGUCAUGUUUCUGGAAAUGAAUCCUCCUCAAAUCAAA